AUGGCGUCCCAAUCACAAGAUACUGUUGCAUCAGCAAAUGCAAACACCGUCAGCCUGCCUAAUCUGACCGUCCACGAUAUCCUCCUCACGGUAUCAACCCCCACAUUCCUCCAGCUAAUACGAACUUCACGUGAAUUCUACGAUCUUGCCCUACAGACUCGACCAAUAUUACUACACCAUCUCCGACAGAUCCCUGGAUACAAAGCUGACCUCGAUGAUACAUCUCGUAGUAAUGCAGCGCUCUUUCGUCUUCUACGACAGCGUGCUACAAACAGCCUCUACGGCCUGAACUUUACUGCCAAUUUGACCGAAUACCUUGCCAGAAAUGCCACACUAAAUCCAGCAGCUUGUGCAAUCAGUGGAUUGGACGCUGACUACGUACGAAGUGCUCUGGUCUUCAAAGAUAGCACCGACAUCAGGCAAUUCACCGGUGAUGGUCAUGUCAAAGAGAAGAUCCAGCAGUCCCCAACGAUGAAAGUCCUAAAGCUUGUGCAAUGGCAGCGGUAUAUUUCGGUAUUGAGUGCUUGGAAAUCACCAGACCCCGACAGCGAACCUUUAGAUGGCGAAGCUCUGGACGGUCUCAAUUCAGAGUCCGAGGCAGAAGUUCUGGACGAAACUCCUUUCAAGCCAACGGCAAGUACUCAGUUGACAAAACAAUAUCACCAGCACAUGGAUUGCAAGAUAGGUACAGCAAAGCAGACAAAACCAAUUUCCAAUAAGUACAAUUAUCGUGUCUGUCACUAUGACAUCUACACGCUGGAAGACUCGGAGACUUUCACAGUCUAUGGGACUCUCGACUUGGUUCCUCGAGACUUCUGCGUUUACAGUAUAACACAAUGCGCUAUCCUAUGGGACCAAGACACUGCACAUGGACUGCCGACAGAACGGGCAAUGGUGUUUUACUACACUGCACCAAGAGCUGAGUUGUAUUAUCCUUUCCAUUAUAUUGGCAGGAAAGUAUGGCCUAAGGACAAGCCUAGAAGCAGACGUGGUAGCAACGCGAGUGAAUCUGCAGCAACCCUAGAGGAGGAAGCUCCCGAGCAUAUGGCUGCGCGUAUCGAGUUUUUCAAGGAAGGCAGACGUAUCAAGAUUUAUGAUGCGGGAGGUAUCGUGCCGUGUCAAGUCGUUUCGGUCUCUUCAAACGACUUUGAUAGAUAUGCCUCCACCAACACUAUCCAAUUCGAAGACUUGACCUUCAACGUAGAUACGCCCUUCUACGGUACUCAUGCUAAAUACCGCGUUUACGGGAGUCAAGAGAUGUGCUUUCAAACACAUCUAUGUCUUGGCACAACGACAAUUGAUAUUUCUGACGAGCAUGAUUGGGACGAAAAGGAGGUGAGAGUUCUGUGCAUCUUGCGCAGCCAAACCAGAUACUAUCCAGAGGACUGUGACCACCGUGUCAACCUGCAGCGAAUGUCCCAUGUCAGCGCAGGAAAUGCAACCGUCGUUGCUCGUUUGUGGGGUUGGGAGGAGUUACAUACCAAUUUGACAGGCAAAGAAGUCGUUGCUGUAAGUGAUGGAGGCACAAGAAUUGCGAUUGCAAUGUGGAAGAAGGUCUAUAUCUACGCUUUGAAUCCCAGGAUCUUAUGCGAUGAGGUCGUUGUUGAAGAUAGUGAUGACGAAGUUAGCAAGAAGAAGAAAAAGAAGAAAACGAAAAAGCCUUGGCAAUGCCCUGCUAGUGACUACUACCAUCGAAUGAAGGACAAGAACCUGUUGGAUUGGAAUAUUGCAGAACUGAGACCAAUCGUGAUCGACCUCGAUGGUGCUGUGGCGCAUAGAAUGAGUUGGUCCGCUCCGAGCGGUGUCAUAACUGAUACGGCUGUGCAGACCAAAGAGGUGAACGCGGAAGCAGAGGUUUCGUCUGAACAAUCUUCUGUAGACACCAAUGUUCAGACUGAAGGUAGUGCAUCGAGUGAACAGACUACAAUGCCGGCCGCGCCACCAGUGGAAGCGCCUGAAACUUUACCAUCUUCGUCAACAGAGGUCCAGCCUCAGUCAAGUACAACGCAGCCAAUUCCAGCAAGUGAAUCUUCAAAUCUUGUACAGCCAAACGAUGACAAGCCCGGCGAGGCUGUCACAUCUGACGAGGUCGAACAGGCAGCAUCAGCGACCUUACCAAGUAUGGUACAGCAAGAAGAAUCCGCUGCAUCUACAGCACAACUUACGGAAGCGGACAACAAUCAAUCUCAGACACCAAUCAACAACAACGGCUCCGUAGCGAAGCCCUCUGCAAGGAAGAAGGAUAAAGGGCCGGAAGUCAACAUCACUGAGAUGGAAUUGGGACCAAAGAAAGCAACGACAUACACAGAGGAAAAUUCGUUUGUCAAACUUGUGGCUUUGCAUUCAGCUCUCGCCCCUAGUGUCUCCGAGCAGACCGCUUCAAGUGGGAUACCAACCUCCUCUUCGGCGAUUGAUUCUGGUUUGUCUGCGAGUGAGGAGCCGGUAUCUGCUGCACCAUUGCCUAUCGUCGUAGCAGAUAACGAAGAGGUGCAGAGUUCGAGCCAUAGCAAGGCUACAGCAACACCGUAUCCCGAUGAAAGGAACGAAACUGACGAAGACGAGAAUGGCGAAAGCACUCAAGUUGAUGACAAGGUAGACACGUCGUCGAAGCACAAAAUAAGAAUCACAGAGGAUGAGCUGGUCAUUCUUACUGAUCGAGGUAUCCAGGUCUGGAAUCUGGGAGCCAAGGCGAAAGGGCUGCGGACGAAGAAAGCUUUGGUCAUGGAGGAACCCCUGAAGGGACUGCUGCCUCGAUUGAAAGGUAAGUCGAAAUCAAUGCUUCAACCAGAGGAAGAAGCAGAGGAGGAUUAA